AUGGCGGCUGGAGACAGUCUUCCGGCUCUGUUGGUGUUAACUCUAGUCGAGGCCUACUUCUUGCAGCGCGCCGUGUUUGUAGAGCAGACUUUUCAGACGGUGCUGCUCUGGAGUCUCGGUGUCAAUGUUCUAGGCAAAGGGUUGUAUAGUCUGGUCAUCUGGCCUUUCUAUUUGAAUCCUCUGCGUCAUUUGCCCACGAUUCCGGGCCUCCGCAGUCAUGCCAAAAUGAUCUUUGACUCUCCUCGUGGCCGUCUGCCCUUGGACUGGAUGAGGACCGUCCCUAACGAAGGUGUUAUCCACCUGCGCGACAUGAUCGGCCAGAGUUAUUUGAUCGCGACAAAUCAUCAAGCGCUUCUUGAUAUAAUGAGUACGCAUACGUACGAUUUCGAGAAGCCGUGGCGCGCGCGGAACUUUCUUGCCCGCAUUCUUGGAUUUGGCUUGAUUCUGUCCGAGGGGGCUGCGCACAAGAAGCAGCGGAAGGCAUUGACUCCGGCAUUCAACAUCAAGAACAUCCGGGCAAUGUAUUCGCUCAUGUGGGAGAAGACGAACCAGCUCUUGGUAGAGAUGGAGAAGGAGCUGCAGAUGAACCCGAUGGAUGGGACUGACCCGGAAGAAGGGGUGGGCAAGUUGGAGAUGUGUGUCUGGGGAAGCCGUCUAACCCUGGACAUUAUCGGUCCCGCUGCCAUGGGCCGAGACUUUCGCUCCCUGCAGAACAGCGAUAAUCCCGUCGCCGAGAGCUUCCUUCGUAUUCUGGAGCCCACGAAAGAGAAGAUGGCCUUUUUGGCCAUGAACUUUGCUCUGCCUCAGUGGAUCGCUCGGCGUGUGCCCUGGCGCUUGAACCAUGUCAUUGAUACCGAGACGGGAUUCUUGCGCAGUCUCUGCAACGAUAUUGUUCGCGAGAAGCGGGAGAUGUUAACCGUGUCCAAGGCGUCCGUAGAGGAUCUGGAGGCGGAUAUUCUGGGGACGAUGAUGCUGGGUGGUGACUUUAGUGACAAUGAAUUGGUCGACCAGAUGUUGACUUUUCUUGCGGCCGGGCAUGAAACAACCGCUUCCGCCUUGACGUGGGCAUGUUAUCUCCUCACUCUCCACCCACACAUUCAAACCCGCCUUCGAGCCGAGAUUCGCUCCAAAAUCCCCUCUGCCAAUUCACCCAUCACCCAUACCGACCUUGAAUUGCUCCCAUUACUCAACGGCGUCUGCCAGGAAGUCCUUCGUCUCUUCCCCACCGUUCCCGUCACCAUCCGUGAAGCUAUUCGCAACACCACAGUCGCGGGCAAGCACGUGCCGAAAGGAACACGGCUCAUCCUCUGCCCUUACGCCAUCAACCGCGCGCCAACUUUCUGGGGCGAGGAUGGAGACCGGUUUGUGCCCGAGCGAUGGAUCGACACCGACAAGGGGGGUCACCCAGUCCCCAAUAACAACGGCGGUGCAUCCACCAACUUUGCGCAGAUUACUUUUCUGCAUGGCCCGCGGGCAUGUAUUGGGAAGGACUUUGCCCGGGCAGAGCUGCGGUGUGCAGUGGCCGGGGUGGUGGGGAGAUUUGCGUUUGAGAUGCAGGAUCCGAAGCAGGAGAUUCAUAUCGCGGGUGCUGUGACGACGAAGCCGGUGGAGGGGAUGCAUUUGAAGAUGAGGAGGGUGGAGGGGUGGUGA